AUGCAGUCUAACAUCAUUAUCUCCCUUCUUGCCCUUGUUGGCAGUGGUCUUUGUGACUGGCCUGCUCCGGGAACUGUCGCCCACGACUCUCUCAAUCCUGUGGUCGAUACUCUUGGCCCCAAUGGAAACGUCAUCAAGAAGUUUCAGCCGCUGCUGCACAUUGCCCAUGGCUGCCAGCCCUAUCCCGCUGUGAACAAGAACAACCAGAUCAGAGAGGGAAGCGGCGGUUUGCAGGAUACUGGAACUACCUCGGGAGGAUGUAAGGACGGCAACAAAGGGCAGACCUACGCCCGUUCCAUGACUCUGAAUGGAAAAUUCGGCAUCAUGUAUGCUUGGUACUGGCCCAAGGAUCAGCCAGCUGAUGGGAAUGUUGUAGGCGGCCACCGUCACGACUGGGAGACUUCGGUCGUCUGGCUUGAUUCUGCUUCAGUCAAUACCGCUACCAUCACGGGUGGCGCCUGUUCUGGACAUGGCAAGUUCAAGUUGACCAGCAACCCUCAAAGAAGCAGCAACAACGUCAAAGUCGAAUAUUACACCCAGGGUGGUUUGGACCAUGAGUUACAGUUUACGAACACCGUGGGCCGAACAUACUGGAUCUGGGACUGGGAUGCCAUGGAGCCUAUCGUCCAAAGCGCUCUGAACAAGGGAGACUUCAAGAAGGCAAACUGUCCGUUCAACGACAACCACUUUGAAACAAACAUGCGCGCCACCUAUGUCUAA